AUGUGCCCGCGGUCGCGGCGGGGCGAUGAAGCCGCGAUGAGCGCGGCGGGCGCGGGCACCGUGCGGCCCUGGAAGCCCGACCCGGGGCAGGCGCACGGGGGGCGGCCGCCGGGGCCGGCGCUGCCGCUGACCCUGAGCGUGCUGGCCUGGCUGGGCACCGGCACCACCAUGGCCGGCCUCAACAAGUGGAUCUUCGCGGCGCACGGGUUCCGCUACCCGCUGCUGCUCUCGGCGCUGCACAUGCUGUCCGGCGUGGCCGUGGGGUACCCGCUGGGCUGGGCGCGGGCACCGGGCCCCCGGCCCCGCGCCAGGAUCUACCUGCUCAGCCUCACCUUCUGCACCAGCGUGGCCCUGGGCAACCUGGGCCUGAGCUACGUGCAGCUGGACGUGGCCCAGGCCGUGGCCACCACCACGCCGCUGGUGACGCUGCUGCUGGGGCUGCUGGGGGGCCGGCGGCCGCACCCGCUGCAGUUCUGGGCCAUGGGGCCGGUGUGCGCCGGGGCCGCCUGCAGCAUCGCCGGCGGGCUCUGCUUCUCCCAGCCCGGCUGCGGCUUCCUCCUGGCCGCCACCGUGCUCCGCGCCCUCAAGUCCAUCCAGCAGAGUGUGCUGCUGCAGGAGGACCGUCUGGACGCACUGUCCCUGCUGGGCCUGACGUCCCUGCCCAGCUUCGUGCUGCUGUUCGGGGCGGCCGUGGCGCUGGAGCUGGGCCCCUCGUGGCAGGGCGUCCUUCGCCCCGACGCCGCGCUCUGGGGCUGCGUCCUGCUCAGCUGCCUGGGCUCCGUCCUCUACAACCUGGCCACCUCCUGCCUCCUGUCCCUCACGUCUGCCCUCACGCUGCACCUCCUGGGCAGCCUCACCGUGGUGGGCAACCUGCUGCUGUCGUGGCUGCUGUUCGGCACGCGGCUGGGCGCGCUGGGCUACGCCGGCGUGGCGCUGACGCUGGCGGGGAUGGUGCUGUACCACCAGCCCCGGCUCCUGGCCGCCUGCUGGGGCCUGCGCGGGCUGUGGCAGCACCCGCGCCACGAAUAG